CGCAGCGGAGCUCCGGACGCACCUGAACAGUGAGAGCGAGCGAGAGUGACCAUCAGAGAGCAGGAAACAGCCUCCAACCUGCUCACGGCCACACACACUCCUCUGCAAACAUCUGCCACGUCGUCUGUGGCACAGAGAGGAGCAGUCUGACGGAGUCUUCACUGCUGUGGAGUUCCAUGCCUACCUCUCUCGCUUCUACCACGCACAGCACUGUUUGGCGUUUAACCGCGAGACGUUUUUAAGGCGACUUUCUUUAAAACUCCGCGUGACAUGUGAGUGCUACAAAUGGAGCUCAGAGUGAAUUGUUCGACGAUGUCCCAGAGCAUCUGCGCGGAAAACUUAAAGACAUGCUGCAGAUCCACAGUUGUGAGCGCGUGAGCGAGCCGAAGCAGAUGGACACAACAACACAGUGGAGUCGUGCUUUGUUGCUGAAUGGGUGACAAACUACCAGUCACCUCACAAACCUUGUGAAGCUUUCUUCCAUCGCACCGUGCAGAACAGGGUCUACCCAGCAGAGACGCAGGGAUGUACCAGGAAGUGGCAUUCCUAGCUGGGAGCACUGAGCACCAGUUCACUCCCUAUCGCUUCAAUCGUGUGGAAAACCCGCUGGAGGUCACCUCCAAGAAGGGUCUGUUCUACAAGCGAGCCCAGCUUUUACUUCAGCCCCAGCCUCGGCAGCAGGAUGGAGAUGAGAUCGGCCUGGCCGAUGGGGCAGCCAUUAUCAAUGUAGGUGGCAUCAAGUACCGCAUUCCCUGGUCCACGUUGGAUGAGUUCCCCCUGACACGACUGGGCAAACUGCGCAGCUGUAGCAACGAGGCCGAGAUCAUGGAUGUGUGCGACGACUAUGACGGCAGUCGAAAUGAGUAUUUCUUCGACAGAAGCCCGUCUGCUUUCCGCACCAUUGUCACUUUCUUGGCAGCAGGAAAAUUACGGCUGCUGAGGGAGAUGUGCGCCCUGUCUUUCCAGGAGGAGCUGCUGUACUGGGGGGUGGAGGAGAACAACCUGGACUGGUGCUGCCUAAGGAAGCUGCGGCUCAGGCAGGAGGAGUACAAGGAGCAGCAGAGGCUAGAGGAGGAGGAGGCCGAGCUCACCUCUCCGCAUUCCUGUGAAGAAAGCCAGCAGCUUCCUGGAGUGAUGGUGCAGGAGGAGACCCGUACAGGAGGGUGCAUGCGAAGACUGCGGGACAUGGUGGAGAAUCCCCACUCUGGACUGCCAGGGAAGAUCUUCGCCUGUCUGUCAGUGAUAUUUGUAGCAAUCACUGCUGUGACGCUGUGUGUCAGCACCAUGCCUGACCUCAGAGAGGAGGAGGAGAGGGGUGAGUGCUCCCAGAGGUGCUACAACAUCUUUGUGCUGGAGACGGUGUGUGUUGCCUGGUUCUCACUGGAGUUCCUCCUGCGCUUUAUCCAGACACAGAGCAAGUGUAUGUUUCUUCGUACUCCUCUAAACGUCAUUGAUGUGGUGGCCAUUCUCCCUUACUACAUCACUCUCAUUGUGGACUCUCUGUCAGUGGGAGGGAAACCUACCGGUUCUGGGAACAACUACCUGGAAAAGGUGGGGUUGGUUCUCCGAGUCCUGAGAGCUCUACGGAUCUUUUAUGUGAUGAGGUUGGCUCGUCACUCCUUAGGCCUGCAGACACUGGGUUUGACGGUGAGAAGGUGUACACGUGAGUUUGGACUGUUGCUGCUGUUCCUUUGUGUGGCCAUGGCUCUUUUCGCCCCAUUGGUGUUUUUGGCUGAGAGCGAGAUGGGAGCCAAGCAGGAGUUCACAAGCAUCCCAGGUAGCUACUGGUGGGCUGUAAUCUCCAUGACGACAGUGGGAUAUGGAGACAUGGUGCCUAGGAGCAUCCCCGGCCAGGUCGUGGCCCUCAGCAGCAUCCUGAGCGGCAUCCUUCUCAUGGCCUUCCCCGUCACCUCCAUCUUUCACACCUUCUCUCGCUCGUACUUGGAGCUGAAGGAGGAACAGAGCCGGGCGUUGAGGCAGAAGUUGGACUCGCAGGACAGCACCAAGUCCCAGAACAGUGAAGACUCUCAGGAGACUGACAGCUACCACGGCAUCACAGAGGCCACAGCCUCAUCCAUACAGCGGAGGAAGGCGAUGGCUGCACAGAGGGCUGCUGAAAUUAGAGCCACCACGCGAACGUAGCUGAUCUCUCCGUCUGUGUCAAGUAACAGCCUGGGAGGCUGUGACACUGAGCACCAGGACUUCAAAGUUGACAAGCUGCAGGAUUGUGAGCAGGGAGGAGAUUUUCCUCUCCGGAGCUUGAGGUCUCUACUUUGAUCAUGUAAAGCGCCUGUGCACCAGAGUGUGUCUGAAUAUGUUAAGUUUUACAGAGGAAAUACAGGAGUCUGUUUUGCUCCCAAAUUUGACUUGAAAACACAAGUGAUGGAGGAUGUUUGUGUUAAAACAACUGAAUUAAUAUUAGAUUCAAAACCUCUCACUGACUGCAGUUCAGAGUUGAGUAAGUAUGUGCAAAGGGAAUUUUAAUUCUCACAGUAUUCAGUCUUUAACUUCACAAUAAAACUUCCUCUUGUAGCUGCAUUUUAGAGGAUUUUCUGAAAAGAAAAUGCAAGACAUAAAGUUUAAUAAUACAAUGUAACAUCAUCUCCAUUUAUUUCUGCAUCUUAUUCUAAGUCAGUGGUUAAAAAUGUUAAAAUUAAGUUAUCUGCUUGUUAUGAUUCUCAUUUUUGCACUUUUUCUUACUUUUUGUUUAACGUCUACACAGUGGAACUUAGGCAUGGUUUCAUUUUUGUGUCAUAUUUUUCCUGCACAAAGCAAUAAGAAUAAUUUAUACAAUAAAACAAAUAUAAUCUCACAGGGGAUUCACAAAACAUGCACUGACAGCCAAGCCUCCCCUACCCACCGUGGUAUGUUGAUGAAUAGUGUUUGAUCUUUAAUUGGGUAUCGCAUGCCAGGUAAUUUGCAUAGGGAAAUCCCCAAAUAAACCCAUUUAAGGGGAGCACGGUCAAUUUAUAGGUGCAAACCAAAAAGCCACUGACAUCAGGCAGUUAAACUCACAUUUAAUAGUAAAGAUAAUGCACCACUGAGCAAUGAUGACUUAAUUAAAAUGUGCAAAUGUUCAAAGGUAAAUGUGCAUACUCGUGGAAAUUGUAUAAUCCUAACACUUACCAUUAAGCUGCCUACGUUUAGCAGCACCUUCAUAAAAAUUCAGGGGUCUUGUUCAUCACAUAUUAUUCAGAUAAUGAUAGAAUUUCAUUUUUUUUUUUUCUGUCAGCUGAAAAAAAAAUAAUUUAAGACAGGGCCUUGAUUGGGCCCUAUGCUGCCUAUUGUUCCAUAUAAUCUCUAGACUACUUUCAGUCCUUUAAUCAGUGUUGGGUGACUUUUAAACAUUACUUUACAAGAACCCUGCCAUUAGAAAAUAACAUGUUAAAGCACUUCUGCAUUACCAAAAAUCUGAACCCUUUAACGUGUCAUUCACAUUAAACAGGAAGUAUGUCUGCCUGUGAAUGUACUGACUAUUGUCACUCUAUAGCCUAGAUUGUGAGUCAUUAUCUGUAACACCAACAAUAUGAGAUCAAACUGGGAAAAGGUGUGUACUGUAGUGUUAUGUGCAGCUGUUUCAAUGAAAACAAUACAACACCGGCUCUUGAACUCUACUAUACAUGUCGUGUCUUUCUUUGCCUUUUUUGUCUGACAAUACUACAGAAUGUGGAUAUUUCCUGUUAUAAUCCUGUCCUC